UAAUUAGUUCAUUAAUUAUAAAUAUUAAAAUGUUAAAAUCCAAAUAAUUGUUACAUGUACCACCGUUAUUUUUAUUUUUCCUAAUUUCAAAAGCUCAAAAAAAAGAUUUUACGAAUUGUUGAAAGUUAGUUUAGAUUUUUUUUUUUUUGACAACCGUUAGUUUACGAAUUGUUGAAAGUUAGUUUAGAUUAUUAACAUCAAAUAUAAUAAGAGAAUUAUUAAUUAAGAUGACAACAUUGAUAAAAUGUGUUCUAAAUUGUUCUUUUAACAUAUGUAAAAAAGGAAUUCUUUCAAAUAUUUUAUCAAAAAAUUGAAAAAUAUUUCUGCUCUUCUAACUCAUCCACACUAUGAACCAUGCAUUCAAAUGAGAGCAACAAGUUUAUCCCAUGCUUGAGUAUCAAAAUCUCGCACUCGUGAACUUUGUCUAUCUAGAAACGUGAGGCACAUGGAGCAUACGAAAUGGGUUGCAACGAUUGAAAAUUUGAGCCCAAUUCAUCAUGCCAGAUGAAUAAAAAUUACAAUAUAAAGAAUAUCUCAAACGACCCGUUUAAAAAACAAACACACAACAACGUUUAGCUAUUCAGUGAUCACAAACAUUACUUCAUUGAAGAAUUUUUCCAACAUCACCGCUUUGUUGAGGCCCAAUUUAAUGACUUCUACAGCGUCAUACAACAACUUUGUAAAAGUUGAGAUCAAUUUGAACUUUAAGCUUUUCCUCCUGUAUACAGACUGUACCGCCGAUUAAACCAGCUGUGACCAGACUGGUCAUGGCCCUCAUGGUGCUUAUUUACGGAUAAUUAACGGACUUUAAUCCCCACGCCACGAUGUUGCAUAUCCUACCAUUAUUUCACUUUUACGGUUUUACCACAUAGUUUUAGCAUCUACAUAUUAUGAUGUAAUGCAGAUUUCAAAUACAUAUACAGGAUGAAAUACUAGGAGAUGUUUCAUAAAAAUCUCAAAAAAACUUUAUACUAGGAGAUGUUUCAUAAAGGAAGAAAUUCUAAAACUAUAUUUUAAAUUGCUACAAGAUCUGUAGAUGCAUUUUAUCUAGCAAUUGCAACUGUUAGUCGUAAAGUAAGAUUAUAUUAUUGAUUAAAAUUUCUUACAGAGUGUUGUCAAAUAAAUUAGUGAAUUAGCUGGCAUGAAUAUAUAAUAUUAUACUUUGUUAUUCUAAGACAGUUUCAUACACGCAGACACAUUCCUGCUACGUUUUUAUUUCUGAACAAUCAUUCAUGCUAUAUUGUUUUUUUUUUCAUGCUAUAUUAUUUAUGUAUUUUAAACCGUGUUAUUUUGCGUAAGGUGUGGCAUAAGCUGUUGAAGUUCCAUGCUAUUUAUUUGAUUCCAGCCGUAAAAUGAUACAUUUUGUCCCCGUAUAUGUAUAUUUGAUUGAUCUUCUACAUAGACGAUUGUUGCUUUAUACAACUUCAUCCCAAUAAGAAUGAUCAUUUCAUAAUCCCCUAAUGUGUUAUAACUGUAUGAUUUUAUCAUCUAAUCAUACACUUAUUUAUUUUGCUAAAGCAUUGUAAGCUCCUGUCAGAAACUCAAUCAUACAACACGACCUUUCAUGAUCUGCCCAUAUUAUAUUUUUAAGCCCUACAUAUCUAGUAUAGUGGUUGCUCUCGUAAAAUUAAACAUUGUCCAUAUUAUUAGACUUUGACACCUAAAUAGACAGCCGUUUACAAUUAUAUCAUGAUGCGCUUCACAGAAUUGUCAAAGUAAGUAUGAAAUCAAGAAAAACGGUUUAGUGAGAUGGCAAUAUUCAAAUUUUGAAGAUUGUAGAAGAAGUUGAACAUUAACUAUCUAUGAGAUAUAAGUUUAUAUGGGUCCAAUGGACCGCUAAUGGCACUUAAUUAGGUCUUGUCGGUAACUAACGAGGAAACAAUCAAAGGAAACCAACAUUUUCUAAAUUAGAAGUAAAGGUCACCCAUAAGUUAUAACUGCAACCAUGGAAAUGGUAAACGACGUUAGAAUAGCCUAUGACACGCCAAUCUCUGUUGUUACCCAUAACUAACUGCCAACUCCAGUGGAUAUCCUUAGAUUUUGCUUCUUAUGAUGUUUCCAUUAAAGUAGUAUGCAACGCCAAUCACUGUUGUUGUUGUUUCACCUGCUGUAACUACGCAGUCUACACUCACUCCAGAAUCUACAUGCGUAGUGGCAGAACCAGCAAUCCCUAUGACUAGUGUAAGAGAGUUCAAUUCUACUACUGGGUUAAACAACAAAAAUACUCCCGUGUUGGGUUCUCCUCAUGGUAACAUUUUCUACUCCCUUUCUUUUGGAUUCAUUGAUUAAUGCAAUUGAAGGGAUUGGUUUUGGUAAAAAAUUUACCAUUUUAGAUAUAGAGUUUUCAGAGUUUGAGAUCUGGAUGAUCCUUCUAAAAAACUCAUGAAAAUUAAAUAAUAAAACCUACACAAAAAUUCCAAAAGAUGCAAUAGAACAUGGUAGAAGAAUGAAUAAAUAGAAGCUGUGACGGAUGUGGAGGUUGCAGCUCUUCAUCUUAAAUGACUUUAUAAAUUUUCAAGAUCUUCCUUUUGCAUUUGUGAUGAUCUUGGCCUGAGCGUCGGUUCAACCUCAUCCCACCCCACUAUCAAAUUCCACAGAUGAAAAAUUUCUACCAUUUUCAUGUAUUCGCUUUAUAUAUAUGUUUUCUUAACUGUAAGAUUUACAUCAGUCGUAAAGUAAAUUGUCUUCUUACUUUUGAUUUGAUAUCAAUUUUUAAAACCAAAAAGUUCAAAUUGGAGAGCUGGAUCAAAUUAAAGACAUUAACGUCAAAUAUGUAAAACUUCACCAAAAUUCCUAUAUUUUAAAUGACAAGGUACUAACGAAUGUGUAACCGUUACUAUUUCUUUGCUACGAGGCCACAAAAAAAAAAAAAAAAGAAUCAUAUUUAACAUUCAUUUAAAAAGAAAAAGAAGAAUCAGUGGUCAAAUGGGAUGGCAAAAAAUUAUGUAAAACUAAAAACUUAAAAAGAUAGGAAGAACAAUCAAUUAUGGCAUGUGAUUAAUAAAAAGAUCCCAGACACAAAACAGACACUGUUCUCUUCACCACCGUCACGACCCAAUGAAUCUUUACUUCAUUGUCUUACUCUUAUCCGUUUGGUUACAACUCCCCUCUGAAAAGUCAAACCACUCAUACGUCUCACGUGUUUAUUAAAACUAUUAUUUUCGUACACCACCCAACUCAAACGUAAAAGAAAGUCAAAUCUAUGUUCCUCGUCCGUUCCAUAACAAAAUAAUACUAAUAAACUUACAUAGGGGCAGGUUUUUUCUUGUUUUGGCAUAUAUAGGGACAGCUUUACAAAGAGUAUAUGUAUUUUCCGUGUUUUGACUUUUUAAUAAUUGUGAAAUUCAACCAUUUCAUUUAUAUUUAAAGCCCCCAAGCUCCUCUCUCUCUUUUUAUUCAAACCAAUUCACAUCUUCCCAAGACCCAACUACUACAACUUGUAGCAAGAAAAAUAUACUAUAGUUUUUGUCUUGCUUCCUCAGAUUCUUUGUUCAAUAUAACUCAUCUUGGUUCUCGUCAAAAAUUCACAACCUCCUUAUUACUAGUUCCAUGGAUGAAGAGAUCGAGAUUCCUCCUUUCUUUCUUUGCCCAAUCUCUCUAGAGAUCAUGAAAGAUCCGGUGAUAGUCUCUACGGGAAUAACCUACGAUAGAGACAGCAUCGAGAAAUGGCUCUUUUCAGGUAAGAAGAACUCGUGUCCGGUCACAAAACAAGACAUAACCGACGCAGAUCUCACCCCAAACCACACUCUUCGACGUCUCAUCCAAUCUUGGUGCACUUUAAACGCAUCCUACGGCGUGGAGAGGUUCCCGACCCCGAGACCUCCGAUAUGUAAAUCUGAGAUCGAAAAGCUCAUAAAAGAUUCAGCCUCUUCUCAUCAAAACCAGGUCAAGUGUCUCAAAAGACUACGUCAGAUAGUGUCGGAGAACAAGACCAACAAGAGGUGCUUGGAGGCAGCAGGAGUACCGGAGUUCUUGGCCACCAUCGUAAGCAACAACGAGUCAGAGAACGUGUUUGACUCUUCGAUGAGUUUGACCGACGAAGCCCUCAGCUUACUAUACCAUCUUGAGACUUCAGAGACAGUUCUCAAGAACCUUUUAAACAACAAGAAAGGUAGAGAUAUUGUUAGCUCGUUGAUAAAGAUCAUGCAGCGAGGCAUGUACGAAUCUAGAGCCUACGCAACUUUGCUUCUCAAGAACAUUCUUGAAGUAGCGGAACCAAUGCAUAUUAUGAAUUUGAAGCCAUCGGUUUUCACUGAGGUCGUCCAGAUCUUGGACGACCGGAUCUCGAACAAGGCGACAAAAGCUGCUUUGCAUAUAUUGGUGAACAUAUGCCCAUGGGGAAGGAACAGACACAAGGCCGUGGAAGCUGGAGCGAUCUCUAUGAUGAUUGAGCUUCUCAUGGACGAGAGCUUCUCAUCAGAUAGGAGAGGUCCAGAGAUGGCGAUGGUGGUUCUUGAUCUGUUGUGUCAGUGUGCGGAGGGACGAGCCGAGUUCUUGAACCACGGAGCAGCUAUAGCAGUGGUGUGCAAGAAGAUACUGAGGAUUUCGCAGACGGCGAGCGAUAGAGCUGUUAGGGUUUUGUUAUCGGUGGGAAGGUUCUGCGCGACGCCGAGUUUGCUGCACGAGAUGUUACAGCUGGGGGUCGUAUCGAAGCUGUGUCUUGUGCUUCAGGUUAACUGUGGAAGCAAGACUAAAGAGAAGGCAAAGGAGUUGCUUAAGUUGCACGCUAGAGUUUGGAAGGACUCGCCUUGUCUCCCAAGAAACAUGAUUCUUGCAUAUCCCUCGUGAUGAAACCAAGAAAACAACGUAAACUAGUCGGAUUCUCAAUGAGUGCAAACGCUUAUAUGAGAGUUGCUCUUCGUAAUUUGUUGAAAAGACUUCUGGUUUAUUCCUAUAAUUAUCCAACCAUUUUAGUUUUCUAUACGUUUGAUGUUCAAGAUGUAGAUAAUAGGGGAACUUGUUCAUCAAAUUAUUAUUCCUUAGAAAGAAAAAAACUGCAAGAUAUGAAUGAAUCACAUUUUACAUGGCUGUUCUCUCUUGUUUAAUAUUUUGAAACGAUUCUGUUCGUUGUAUGUUUUUCUUUUGAGUAUAUCCUUUUCCAUUA